ACUGCUACUGGAGAGAGGGUGGGAGGGAGAGAGAGACUGAAGGAGAGAGAGAGAAGGGAAGAGAAGAAAGAGGAGGUAUCUGGUGGAGAUGGAAAUACACAAAGAACCGAUAGCAUUUGAAGAUGUUGUAGUCUUUUUCUUAAAAGAAGAGUGGAACAUUUUAAACUACUGUGAGAAAGAACUGUACAAGAGGGUAAUGAGAGAAAAUUAUGAAACAAUAUCUUCAUUAGGUAUUUAUGUUCCAGAACAAUAUAUAUCAUUAUUUCUGAAACGUGAAGAACGCUCUAUCUGUGAAACAGUGAGCUGGAUGGAGACAUUUUCACACUAUCCUCCAGGAGAAGAUGCCACCAUUCAUAGAAAUGUUGUGUGCGUCAACAGCCUGAACCAGCAAUCACCUUUUCGGAAUCUCCGGCAGUGCCACACAACAGAAAAACGACAUCAAUGUACUGCUUGUGGCAAGGGUUUUCAUCAAAGGAAUGUGCUUAUCAGACACCUCCUGAGUCAUAGCGGGGAAAGACCUUAUAAAUGUACUAAAUGUGAUAAAGGUUUUAUUAAACUAUCUCAUCUGAAGUCACACAAUCUGUGGCACACAGGAGAGAAACCAUUUACAUGUACUGAAUGUGACAAACGUUUUACACGUCAGAGUAACCUUGCAAAACACCUGACACUUCAUACAGGAGAAAAGCCAUACCAAUGCACAGAAUGUGACAAGAGUUUUUCUCGUUUGGCCUAUCUAAAAUCCCACUUUUGGUGUCACACAGAUGAAAAACCAUAUAAAUGUACUGAAUGCAACAAGAGUUUUACAGAGAUGAUUUAUUUAAAAUCUCAUCAAAGAGUUCACACUGGAGAGAAACCAUACAAAUGUAAUGAAUGUGACAGUCAAUUCAGUCAUUUGGCCACUCUCAGAAAACACCAACAGUUACACAGCGGAGAAAAACCAUACAAGUGUACUCAGUGUGAAAAGAGUUUUAUUCUCCUGUCAUUUCUGAAAGCACAUCAAUGGUAUCACACUGGCGAAAAACCAUUUAAAUGUAAUGUAUGCAACAAAGCAUUUACAGUGCAGAGCAGCCUUACAAAACAUCGCCUAAUUCACACGGGCGAAAAACCAUAUAAAUGUUCAGAAUGUGAAAAGAAAUUUAAUCGACAGUCUAAUCUCAAAUCCCACCAACGCAGUCAUAGUGGAGAAAGACCUUAUAUAUGUAAUGAAUGCAACAAGAGUUUUAGUGAGUUGUCCAGACUGAAAACACACUACCGAGUACACACAGGAGACAGACCUUUUAAAUGUUCUGACUGUAAUGGGAGUUUUACUCACCGGAACAGCCUCAAAUCCCAUCAACUCACACACUUAAAACAGACACUAAAGCACUGUGAAAGAAAUGAUCAGCAAACGAUAGCUCAUGCUUAUUUAGAAAAUUGCUUUGAUGAUAUAAUUAAAUGCACAUGAUAAACAAAUGUGUUAUUGCUGAAAUAUGUAGUUUAUGGAAAUAUGAAAUAAUGUGCAGUUGCUGACAUGAUUUAAUCAGGUAUCACAUUUGAGUAAGACUUACAUGUUUAUAACUUAGGUUACAAAACAUUAGGUCCUAAGUUUGUGUUCUAAGGAAUGAAGAAUGCAAUGUUUUUUUUUUCUGUCUGCAAUUUAUUAUUAUAAGAUUAUAGUUUUACUGCCAUUAUACUAUUCAAAUUUGUUUAUGAUCCUGGGAUCUCUGAAAACAAACAAACAAACAAAACAUCUAAAGAACACUUCUGUUAAUAUGCUGAGAUAUGCCUUUAGGUAGGCCAUACUUUUAAAAAUAAAAACAGUCUCCAGCAGACUGGAACUUACAGCUGCUCUCCAAUAAGAAGGCAAAUGCAUGGGUUGAAACUCAGGAAUAUAACAUAAAUUAUCAAAGUAUAGAAUUAAGCAUUUCAAAAUUAAAAUUUCAUUUCAAACAUGAGAAUUGAUCAACCUUUUAUAGACAAAAAUUCAGCAUUUUUUAAGAAUGUAAAAUUCUUAUUGGUACAAAAGGACCAUGGAAUCCUAGAGUAACAACAAACACUUGUUACUAUUAAGUAGUUUCAUCUAAGAAGGAUGGACACUAUAUUCUGAAUAGAACUGUGAUAAUUCUAGUGCCAGGGUCUGAGAGUGAUACUGACAAUCCUGGUCCCUGAAAGAAAGACUUUCAGUCCUUACUAGACAUUUAGAAAAUGCAACAUCUGACUGUGAACACAAAGAAUUGUAAAAUGUAAAGUAUAGUAUGCAGUGAUGACAGAAUGCCAAAAAUAGCUUUUUGAGGUGAACAGUAUUAGUACAAUUCUUAUCAGUACAGCUUAAAGAAUAUGUCCUCCGUUAGCAUCAUUCCUGCAGGCUAACAAUUAUUGUUCAGUGCAAAAUAUAAAUACAAAUCCAAAAACAUGGAAGUACAAUUGGUACACUGUAUGAAGGAAAAUGAAAGACUCACAAGCACAGUCUGGGGAUAAGAAGAACAACCUUAAACACCUAACAUUCCAAAAAUGGGCAUUUCUGAUACUGCAAAAGUGUGAGAGAAUCGAAUGAAUAUGAAAGCCAGAGAAUAUAAUGUAAUGAAUGCAUCUUGGCACGCUACUGCUUGGCAUCAGCAGCCCUCAUUCUGUGUACUAUCCUUGAUAGCAAUAUAUUAUUAUUAAAGCUGAGGAGCAUUUUAAGGUUCAAAUAAAUUUAUAAAGAAAUGACCUUUGCAGAUAACUUGCACUAGAAGUGGUGUAUGAAUAUGGCUACAUUAUUACAGGUAUGUGUAACAAAUGUUAAAUGAGUGCAGUCACAGAGAUAGGAAAAUCCUAGACAGCGAAGCCAUCUUAUAUUUGAACUGGAUAUGUUUACUGAAAGUGUAGGCAUUGGGUAACUUUUUUUAAAGCCACAAACUAUUUUUAUUCAAGAGAAGUGAGCAGCAUAAAGCUGUGAGAAGGUAGUGUCACAAAUCCCACUUGAUAGCAGUAAUGUUAGUAUAGCGAGUUUAUGUAAUACACAGGGAUGGCUUAAUGGUGCAGAUUCAAUAGAAACAAUAUGAAGGAAAGGGCAAGCAAGGUAGGCUGUCCUCCUAGCCGGCAAAUGACAACUGGUCAUUCUUUGAAUAGCUGAGGUGCACUGGCUGAUAUGUUUCAGUUGGCAAACUGAAUUGCACAGCUGGGAAGUACCAAAUUGAAUGAUGAGGAGGCUGCAAGGCAGGAGGAGUUACUGUAAGGGAGGAAGUAGCACAGAAAGAAUGUAUUAUAUAGCUGGUAUCCGUCAAAGGAAUUUAGUUACACAAGCACAGGCCACUGUAGACAUGCAUUCCACAGGUCCUUCUGGUGAUUAACUGUUCAUGUUGUUGCCCUGUCCUGUCCUUCAUAGACGUUUAGCUUAAUGGGUAACUUAUAGAGGAUUACAGUCUGUCAGUAAUGCCAGGCAUUGCAGUGUCACACUUUAUAUUGUUCAGAACAUGCAAGUUGAGGUAAAACCUACUGGUUGAUUAACUCUGUAAGUGAACUAGCAUAACUGUCCUGCUGUUAGUACAUAAAAUUAAGGCAUAGCACUAUUAAUGUGCUACUUCCUGUAGUGCAGGGUUUGGUUCCUGCCACUUCAUUUUUCCUCCUGUAUGACUUUAAAUAAACUCACUUUAGCAGACAGUGCACCCAAUUUUAACCUGCAAAAGGCCCACAUAUAUCACUGCUCUAAUCUGAUCAUUCAUUAUAUGUACAUACUUGCAUACAAACAUACAUGCAUACAUAAAAUGUACAACUUUCAAGGAUUUGGUGCCUUUGUUUCCCUCCCUCCAGUAUUUUUGGCUUUCUUUAAAACUUCUGAACAAAGCAUUUGAGAGGUAUACCCCCCAUACACA